AUGUGGCUCAACAGCGCGCCGGGUGCUCUUCUCCUCGUUACGCCUCUGACCCGGUCCCUCUUCGAGCAUUCAUGUCUCGCAAACAACUACUAUGGCCAAGUCCUCGAUGGCAACCAAGUGAAGACGGUCUUCAUCCCAUCCGAGGCCUGCUUCGACGCUGUCGCAUCAGAGGCGUUCACAGAUACGGCUGCACUCAUGCAAGCUUCACAUCCUAUCCAACAACUCGUCUGGGUGGAGCAAGCCGCCGUAGACCCCGGCUUACUAGAGACCGCAGGCUACUUCGAAUUCGACAAUUUCAUGGAUCGGUUGAAGACAGUGGCCUUGGCUAAACGACAGCAAGAGCCCAUUAUUCCACCUUCUUCACCUAUGGAUACGGGAUACGAAGUGUUAUACCUCUCACAGACGGCCGCGUUGCUGUCUGUGAGUAGCGCUACUGCAAUGACGAUCGACACGCUUUUGCCGCGAUUCUGGAAGUCCACCCUACUCCCCACCUCCCCCGUAGACUUUAUAGAAGUACCAGAGGAGGCGUUAAAGCACGUCAAGAGCGUCUUAGCCACCCUCACCUUCAAUCCUGAAGUCGCCUCGAUUGUGGAGAGCAUUUCGGUUCCCCAGUUGAUCAACGAUAUUCGCUUUCUUACGGGAGAAGACGAGGUUUCUGGAAUUGUUUCCAGGCAUUCAUUCUCGGAAGGUUCGCGUGUUGCCGCCAAGUGGCUAAAGGCUCGUUUUGAGGACACUGGGGCGAGUUGCGAGUUACAGCCUUUCCUCUCUGGUUUCACUCCCAAUGUCGUCUGCUCGUAUCCUUCUGCUGUUGAGAGCAACAGCACGAUUAUCUACAGCGCCCAUUACGACAGCCGAGGCUCGUUUGGGAGUGUCCGUGCUCCAGGUGGGGAUGAUGACGGUUCGGGAACCAUUGCUAUUCUCGCACUAGCGCGCACAAUUGCGAGAAGAGGAAUCAAAUUCCAUAGCAAUGUUCAGCUCGUCGCAUUUGGGGGCGAAGAGCAGGGUUUAUUGGGUUCGCGAGCUUAUGCCCGUAAAUUGCGGGAGGCCAACACGAAUGUUACUUUAAUGAUUCAGGCUGACAUGUUAGGGUACCAUGCUCAAGACGAGCCUCCCCAAAUUGGCCUCCCUGCCAGCAUCGGAACUCCUGAGGUCGCCCAACUUGUUGCAAACAUCUCUACUUUGUACAGUCCCGAGUUACGAGUGGGUUAUACAGCUGCGUGCUGCAGUGACCAUCAGUCGUUCCAUGAGCAAGGCUUCCCUGCUACCCAGGUUUUCGAACGUGCCGGUCCAAUCGUGGACCCGAUGUACCACAAUAGCGGCGACUUGAGCGACCGUGAAGGUUACGAUUUUGGUCAAAUCAAAUCCAUUGCGAAGGUUCAGCUUGCUUCCCUUCUACACACUGCUGGAUACGAGGUUUCGGAAUAG